UUCUACUCAUCCCUAGUUCUUUAAGAUCUGGUUGGUGAAGUCACAAUCUGAUUCAGCUAUUUCUUUGCCAACUGUGUAGGAGACAACAAUGAGUACGGUCGAGCUUAGUGGAGAGGAACAGAAGUUACUUGGUUUUGCCAGGAAUCGCAAGUGGUCAGAAGUGCGUAAAAUGUACAAGAAGAAGGAACUUCGGAGGGUCCAGUUAAUAGAGACAGGAGACACCGUAUUACACAUGGCAGUGUCUAGUGAGGAAGUAAAGGAGGUGGAAAAGAUGGUGGACAUGGUUUGUGGAAGGAGAACUAAUGACAGGGCUAAAAGGUCGCCGCCAUUGUUAACAGUGGAUGAAAAUGGCGAUGACAAGAAGCUUGUCCUAGGGGCCGAGAAUCACAGGAAGGACACUCCUCUGCAUUUAGCAGCUUCAAUGGGGAAUGCUAAAAUGUGUAAGAAGAUCGGUGAGGCAGAACCUUCCUUAAUUGCCAGCCGCAACAUGGCCGGCGAGACACCUCUCUUCCUUGCGGCUCUCUCCGGCAGGAAAAAAGCUUUUCUUUGGCUUCAUUAUCUGUACACGGAGGGCCCCGGAGUUUCUUCAACCGACUUUUCUCACUGUAUAAGGGACAACGAUGACACCAUUCUUCACUGUGCCAUUGCAGAUGGGCAUUUAGAUGUGGCACUCGAAAUAGUUCGCCUUUAUGAGAAAGAGAUGCUGUUCAGGCGCAAUAAUGAUGGGUUGUCUCCACUCCAUCUCUUAGCAACAAUGCCUUCAGCUUUCGAAAGUACUGAUCUCCUUGGUCGAUCUUUCGUUGUUCAACUCAUUUAUCCUUGGUUUUUUAUUGAGAAGAAGAAGCAGGCCACGAAGAAGGAAGAAGUGGCAUCACUACCUGAACCCGAACCAUGGUUCAACUGCCUCGUGAAUGCAUUAUGUGGCUUAUUAGAUUAUUUUGAUCAUGAUGAUGAAGAGGAUGGUGAAAGAACUUUAACCGAGUUAAUCUGGGCUUUAAUUCUGAUGGUCUGUUUGCAAACUCUGCUGAUGGUCUGUUCUUUAAUUCUGAUGGUGCUGGGUUUAAUCUUUCUAUUGCCCCUAUUUAUCCUCAGUCAACCACUUUCAUUAGCAGGAUUCCUAGUGAAAUGGUUCUUUGAGAUACCAAAAAUGAAGGAGAAGCAUACAUGGUCUCUUCAAAUAAUAGAACAAAUUCUGCAGCAUGCUUGCAUUGAUGAUAUGUUAGAAAUGAAACCGAAAAGCCCCUCUGAGACGGCUUCAUCUUCCUCCAACAUAAAAGAGGUCAACGAACCAGGGUCUAGAAUAGUUGAGACACCCUUAGUGAUUGCUGUAAAGAAUGGUGUGGUGGAAAUGGUGGACAAGAUUCUGGAAAAAUUUCCGUUGAUGGUUAAAGAUGUGAAUGAUGAUGAGAAGAAGAACAUAGUUCUACUAGCAGCAGAAAAGAGGCAGACCAAGGUAUAUCAAUUUUUGUGUGAAAAUGAAAACCUUGACAAAAGUUCAUUUAAACAAGUGGAUGAAAACGAAAACACAGCAUUGCACUUGGCAGCCAAGCUUGGGGUCAACCUAAAUUGGCAAACAUCUACCAUGAUUGAGGAAUUCAAGUGGUUUGAGUUUGUGAAAAAAUCAAUGCCUUUUGAUUUUUGGGAGAGGCACAACAAUGAUGGGAAAACCGCCGAAGAAAUCUUUCAAGACAGUUUCAAAGAACAAAUGAAAAGUGACAGAGAGUGGUUAAAUCAAACCUCACAAGCAUGUUCUGUGGUGUCCACCUUGAUUGCCUCGAUGGCCUUUACCAAUGUGGCAGGCAAUUUCGACAACAAGGGAAACUCAAAUAUCCUUAUGAACAAGUUUGGACUCAAACCUUUUCCAAACCCAUCACUUGUCACCCUCACCUUCUCCCUCCUUUCGACCAUCUUCUUCCUAGCCAUACUUGCUUCUCGUUCUCAAUCUGUAACAUUUUGGAGAUACGUUCCUUUCAAGCUUUGCUUUGGUAUGCUCUUCAUGUUUGGAUCCAUCGUUUCUUUGUGGAUAUCUCUCAUGAUCCAUGACCACUCUUUAACAACAUACGCAAUUCUUGGCUCGCCAAUCGCCAUCCUCGUCUUUUUCUCACUACCCAUGUUCAUUGGUCCUAUGAUGAAGUCUAUGUUUACCAAGGUUCCUGCACCAAACCACAGGACCACAAGCGCCAUCCGAUAUCGAAGGACCAGGAAAAAGGAAAAAGGAACAGAUUCGGACCCCCAAAAUUAAUGAGCGCAUGUAUUCUUAUUCAAACAACACAAUCUCAUCGCUUUCAUUUUAAAAGCUUGUGAGUAUGUAAUUUGAUAGUUUCAUUUCCCUUUUGUUUGCAUAUAUGUGUGUAAUAAACA